GAUUGCGCGCGUAUAUAACAUGAGCUCUUCCCCAACAUCCCUCUCCGCCGGAGCUGCUGCCACGCGUCUGGGCGGGAUGUAAUCUCGAGUGGGAGGGAAGGAAGGAAGGAGCCACGUCUCGGAGGGGAGACCGAGGGGGAGGUGGGCGGGGAAGGGUGUGUGCGUGCGUGUCUUCGGGUCCCUUUGUCCUGCCGAGGGGAGGACAGCUCCGUCGCAGAGCCAGCAGACUCGAUGGACUAUCUGUCCUUCAGUGGAACUCUAAUGGACAUAUUUUGCAUUUAUUAAAUCCCAUCUCUCCUUCUGGGCUUCUUACUCUGGAGAUUUCGUGGCUUCUUUCUCUGCCCAAAUAAUGACUGACUCAUCAGAAGGAUGUAACUGACAAGAGGCUCAAGUGGUUUGCAAAGAAAUGUUUCCUGCCAGAUCAGUUUGAAUCCCCUUAGAGAAGCAUGCUUAGUGGCUAAUACAGUUAGAGAAGAUUUGUCUUUCAGCAGAGCUAUAGGAGAAGUGGAACUUAAAAAUGAGUACCCCACUGGUUCCCAACAACUCAUGUUACAAUUUGUUGCAGGCCAACAGGAAUGAGAUUAAAAAUAACAAUGAACGCAUGGUGACCGUGGGGGACACAAAUGCCAACCAAAUCACUUCUGAAGUCAGAAGCUCUAGAGGAGAACUAAGGACAAAUGAUUUGUUGGGAGAGACAAGAUGUUCGAACAAAGGAGAGCCAGAAAAUAUCACAAAAUUAGAUUUGGAGAAGAACAGGCUUCAAGGUACAACUGUCCACCUAGAGUCCAGGCUGCCUUCUCCCACCAGCAGGGAAUUGUAUAGAGAUUAUAGGACUGAUGGGGUUAAGGACACUUCAAAGCUAGUCCCUAUUAGCCGAGGACAUAGUUUGUCCAAUCUGAGGAUUAAUACAAAUGAUACCUUUUCAGUAGUUCUUUCUAAAAGUGAUGCUGAUCUCAUUCAACAUGUUUCAGAGGACAAAUCACCUAGAAGGAUUGAGCCAGAAGGAAUAAAACGGCUUUCUUUGGGGAGAUCAAGAAAACUUAUGGCAAAAACCGAAGUUUUGGGGAAAGAAUUCGUUGGUCGGGUAUCAGGAAAACGCUUGCUUUCUGCAUCCUUGGACUCUAUUGACACUUCACAUCAUUUGGCUGGGGAGACUGAGAAAUCUCGGAAAACGUCAGCAGACCACUUUUUAGGCAUGGUGUUUCGUCCAACUGAUAGUGUCUCAGAGGGAAACAUAAUGCGUUAUUCGAAACCUUCACCUACCUCAGGAAUACACAACACAUCAAAUGUCCGAGCAACACAACCAAGUAAGGACGAUGUAUCGAAUUUCAACAAACAGAGCUCUUCUCGUCCUGCUCAUGUUGACCUACAAUUAACAGUUAAAUCCAAUGAAAUUUGGAAAUCAAAAGCACAAUUAGAUCACCAGGGUGAAAAGAGAGGGAAAGCAGACUUGAGGAGCCCACAGUCUAAGAGCGUAUGUCAGCAAAAAAUUGACAGGAUUAUGCUGACUGAAUUUCUCAGAUGUCAGACAGAGGGAACAAAUGUGGUAGUGCAGAAUAAAAAGGAUUAUGGGACUGAAGAACACAAAGCAAAACCACUUUGGUUACAAGACUCUGGUGGCAAAGGAGAUGAUCCACACUUAAACAAAGGGCUUUACCAUGCCAGUGACAAACUGGUAAGAAGCAAUAACUCAAUAGGUUUAAGGAGGGGAAGCAGUCAUAGUGACAGCACGGCAAUGAACCGAGGAAGUGAGGAAUGUAUAGUGGGAAAAGAAUCAGAUUCUGGAUUGUCUGGUGUUGAUGAUGACAAACUCAGUGACACAUUGACAUCUACAAGAAACACAAACCUACAUGAUGCUGAUGCAAGUUGUAAUCAAACAACUGGUGGGCAUCCAUCUAUGAUGCAUAGCAUAAGCAUACCAGACAGCAAAUGUCUGAGCAAUAAUGAAGGUAAGCAGAUGCUUAUCAAAGCACACAAUGAAAAUGCUGCAGUGCUCACAUCUGAGCCAAAGCACCCAAAAGAAUUUAGUGAAGAAGAUAGAUUAGAUGGCCAUUCUCCCACUCAGGACAUUGAGUUAGAGACCAGGAUGGAAAGCAAAAGCACAGGAAUAACUGCCAAGAGACAUGUUUCAAAUGGCAUGUCAGAGGGCUACAAAAUAUCAGAAACAAAUGGCACCUUUCUGUGUGCCCCUACUCCUAUACGGCCUGUGGUGAAUGUAAAUGUUAACCAUCACACUACAGUUUCAAAUGGCAGUCUGAAGGACCUCUGUGCGCUUCACGUUGGCAAACUACCAUCUGCUGCAGUCCUAUCUUCCCUUGAUGAUACAGAGUUGUUAAGCCUAUCCCCCAAAGUGCCUGACAUGACUACUUCUAACAGUGGCAUCCCUAAGCCUAUCCUUAUACAUUCCAAGAGUUCCCAUCCAGCUAAGGAAGACGGAGAGAGCUAUUCUAUUGAGAAGGCUGAAGAGCAGAUUGAGGCAAAACCAGAGAUCCCCAAGCCCAAGCAUGUGAGACCGAAAAUAAUAACUUAUAUUCGAAGGAACCCCCAGGCAAUAAGCCAGCUUGACCAUACAUUUGUUCCAGCUGGGUUACCCUAUGCUCCUCCUACUUGCACCAUGCCAGUAGCAACCAUGGAGCAAAAAUGUUCAAAUGAUGGAGACAUUAAAACUGGCAAUGUCAUAUAUGACAAGUUUAAACCUGAUUUGCAGAAGCCUCGGAUUUACAGUCCAGGACUUGUGGUAUCUGGCAUUAAAGCUUCAAGCCAUCAUUUUGGUCAGAUGAAUGACAAGUUUCUCCAGGAGGUUGGAGAAAGGCCCAUUAAAGAAGAAUUUUGUCCUCCACCGUAUGCUCACUAUGAAAUGCCUCCGAGCUUUUAUCGCUCAGCAAUGAUACUGAAGCCUCAGUUAGGACUCGGUGCCGUUUCCAGGUUACCAUCAGCAAAAAGCAGGAUUUUAAUUGCAAGUCAACGGUCUUCAACUGGCUGCAUCCACCCACAGGGACCAAUAACUAGUGUUCCUGCAAUUUUCCAUCCUGAUGCUACAGUUGAUCUCAAAAAGGGCUCCAGUCCAAGUGCUACGAAAUCCAAUCUUCCCAAACCCUGCCCGUCUGGACUCCGUCCUCCUGGUUAUUCUCGGUUGCCAGCUGCUAAACUGGCAGCCUUUGGUUUUGUCAGAAGCUCAAGCGUCUCAUCAAUCUCCAGCAACCAAUCAAAUGACAGUGUCCAGAAUGAUCCAAGCAGGACAGCCAAUCGUUCAAACUUAGGGAAUGAAGAGCAAAUCACUCCUAAGGCAGUGGAGACUUCUAAAGAAGCACCCAAGGGAACCGGUAGGACUCCACCACAGGCAUCACAUAACACACCAGCUGCCCGUAAGAGUUUACUUCCAGCACCGAAGACGACCACAGCACCUGCUGGCUCGAAAAAAGAAGUGCAAAAAGAUCAAGAGGCUAACAGAACUCCUGUUUCAUCUCCAAAAAGACUGGUUGUAUCAACUAGCAAGCUCCACUCACCAGGACACCCAAAACAAAGGUCAGCUGUUCCAAGAAAUGGAUUUUCUACAAAGCCAGACUUGCAGACUCGAGAGGCUGAGCGGCAGUUCAUCCAGCAAAUGAAAGAAAAGUGUAAUGAGCAGGCCAGGAAGCUCAGCUGCAUCCAAGAGGAACUUAAGAGAACCAGCUGCGGCUUUGAUGUCUUUGUUAUAGCAACACAGCAUUUCUUUCAGAAGAACGAAAGCGCCCUUGUGAAGGAAAAGGAGCUCUCGGCGGAGCUUACAAACAUCAAAGAUGAAGUUGCCCUCAACGCAGAGAAAUAUGAAAAAUUACAAAAAGAGAAGGAGGAGUUGGAAAAGAAGUUUGAGAAUAAGCUGAGGAAGCUUGGCUGGGAACAGCAAGAAGAACUGCAAGCACUUGAAGAGCGACUCCAGUUGCAAUAUAGUGCUGAACUAGAGCACUUGCAAGAGGAUCACCAGACACAGCUUGCUAAAAUAAGGACUCAGCACCAAGAAAAGGUGGAUGGCAUUGUAGCACUUCAGGAAACCGCAGUACUAGAGAUGGAAAAUAGCCAUAUAGCUGCCAUUGCAGUACUUCGAGAUGAAUAUGAGCUCAAAGUUCAAGAACUGAAUUCUUCCCAUGAGCUGGAAAAAAAAGAACUCGAAGAGAAUUUUGAGAAGUUGCGUCUGUCACUGCAGGACCAGGUAGACACCCUCACUUUUCAGAGCCAGUCUCUAAAGGAUAAGGCAAAGCGAUUUGAAGAGGCAUUAAAGAAAAACACUGAAGAACAACUAGAGAUUGCACUGGCUCCAUACCAGCAUUUAGAGGAAGACAUGAUUAGUAUAAAAGAAGUUUUGGAAAUGAAGAAUCAACUCAUUCAUCAACAGGAAAAGAGAAUCAUGGAGCUAGAAAAACUGGCUGAAAAGAACCUAAUAUUGGAAGAAAAGAUUCAAGUACUUCGACAGCAAAACGAGGACCUCAGAGUCCGCAUUGAUCAGAACACCGUGGUGACAAGACAGUUAUCUGAAGAAAAUGCAAAUCUUCAGGAGUAUGUUGAAAAGGAAAGCAAGGAAAAGAAGAGGCUGAGUCGAACAAAUGAAGAGCUGCUGUGGAAACUUCAGACCUCCGAUCCGAUCAGCCCUGUGAAACUGUCUCCAACCUCUCCAACCCACAUGUAUCGCUCUUCGUCAGGACCACCUACCCCUGCAAAAGUGAGCAUGGUGCCAAGAUGACCAGGCCAAGACAGCUGGUUCAGAUGACUUAACCCUGAUAAUAUCCCCAUCUGCUGAAUGUUAUCAACCAAGAAAGUAUUAACCACAGUAGAAAUAGAUAUCUGGAAAUGUCUACUGUUUCAAUCUACUCUCUAGCUGCAUAUGGCUAGAUGGCCUGCUCUUGCGGUUUCCAGUAACAGAAGCUCCUAGGAAUGACAUACUGAUGCCAUAGAAUAUCACAACUCAGUGUAAUCUGUUGAACUAGAGCCAGAAGUAAAGGAAAAUGUCUA